CUAUUGUCUGGAUUGUUUUAUAAUGUUGCACUUAUUAGAUUAGGCAUGGGUGAUACCAAUGUUAAUGAAUGUCCUCAUAUGUAAUUGGUGAAUGUGUAAAUAUGAAAUGUUAUCAAUUUUAGCUCCAACAAUUGAUUUACCAAUAACCCAAUUAAAAGCACUGCAACUUUAUAUAACUGAACUUAAGAACACUAUUUGGUAUUUUUAAGAUAAAAAGCAGUAUUUGGGUUACUUUGUAAAACAUUUAGUUAUUUAUUCAUAAUGCCAACAUUUAAAAGAAUAGUUCAGCAACUGUUCAGAAGGAAAACUUUUUCUGGUGCCUUGGAGGAAUCGCAACAAACUCAACUUGCAAGAUGUUUAACAACAACAGAUUUAAUAGCAUUGGGUGUUGGAAGCACAUUAGGUGCUGGAGUUUAUGUGCUGACUGGGUCAGUGGCGAGAGAUAAAGCAGGGCCAUCUAUCGUUCUUUCAUUCCUUGUUGCUGCUGUAGCAAGUGUAAUGGCUGGUUUAUGUUAUGCUGAGUUUGGGUCACGGGUCCCAAAAGCUGGUUCAGCAUAUGUGUAUAGUUAUAUCACGCUUGGAGAACUGUGGGCAUUUGUUAUUGGAUGGAAUUUAAUUCUGGAAUAUGUAAUUGGAACAUCCAGUGUUGCGCGAGCAUGGAGUGAAAAUGUUGAUGCAUUAAUUGGGGGGAAAUUUCGGAACUUCAGUUUAACUUAUUUGAAAAUGGAAACACAAGGUUUUGCUGAAUAUCCAGAUUUCUUUGCAUUUGCCAUCAUACUUGUUUUAACAGCGGUGUUAUGCUUUGGAGUGAAGGAAUCUGCUCUCUUCAGUAAAAUAUUCACCGGUGUUAAUAUUCUGAUUAUAAUGUUUGUAAUAGUAGCAGGCAGCAUUUCAGCAAAUGUUAGUAACUGGUAUAUCACUGAAGAUGAUAUUCAAAAUUAUUUUGUCGCAAAAUGCAACAGCACGAAUGCCACAAACCAAGUUACGAAUCUCACAUCAGCGGCAACAAAUAUAUCAACCGAUGAAAAAUGUGCAAUAACUAAAAAUUUUGGAACUGGGGGAUUCUUUCCAUACGGUAUUUCUGGCAUGAUGUCUGGUGCUGCUACUUGCUUCUUUGGUUUUGUUGGGUUUGACAUUAUCGCAACAACAGGUGAAGAAGUAAAAAACCCUCAACGCUCGAUUCCGAUAUCUAUUGUUGUUUCUCUCUUGAUUGUUUUCGUUGCUUACUUUGGUAUCUCUAUUGUCUUAACAUUGAUGGUUCCUUAUUAUAUCAUGGAUGCUGGGGCACCACUGCCCAUGGCAUUUGGUGAGGUUGGCUGGAAUUGGGCAGUUUAUCCAUUGGCUGUAGGUGCUACAUGUGCUUUAUCAUCGAGCUUAAUGGGAGGCUUGUUUCCAAUGCCACGUAUUGUUUAUGCUAUGGCUCAAGAUGGUUUGAUAUUUCGAUUCCUGGCAAGAAUUAAUCAACGAUUUAAAACACCUUUGAUUGCCACCAUACUUUCUGGGUUGCUUGCAGGUGUUAUGGUUCUGUUAUUUGAUCUUGAAGAUUUGGUGGACAUGAUGUCAAUCGGGACAUUGCUUGCUUAUACAUUGGUGGCAAUGUGUGUCUUGAUUUUGAGGUACCAGCCAGACAUUACAGUUGAUAAAGAUGGACCACGAGUAUCGCUCGCUGAUUUGAAUGAUAUGGACAGUAAUGCAUCAUUUAUGAAAAAACUUGUGAAUCCGAAAAUGAAGUUUCCAACAACAAAAUCCGGCACACUUGUUUACAGCUGUGUUAUGAUCAUUGGUGUCCUCAGCUUUCUACUCUGUGCUACACUUGUUAACUUUGCGAAGCUUUCAUAUUCUGUUGCCAUUAUAUUGUGUUGUGUCUUAUCAGCUCUAAUCAUUUUAAUGACAAUAAUUAUAAUUAGACAACCACAGUCCAACAAAGUUCUGGCUUUUACAGUUCCAUUUGUUCCGAUUCUUCCAAUCUUUUCAACCAUUUGUAACAUUUAUCUAAUGUGCGAGCUCAGUACUGGAACAUGGAUUAGAUUUUCUGUUUGGAUGGCUAUCGGUUUCCUAAUAUAUGGAGGUUAUGGGUUCAGAAAUAGUUCCGAACAAAGACGAUAUAAAAAAGUUCCGGUGGUUCGUUCAACAUCCUUCACUCAAGGUCACAACCUAGAUCGGGAACUUAUUUAGAGAAUAUACUGGGGAAUAUAAGUCUUAUAAACUGUGUAUUAAGUAAGGCCCAUGUAAAAUUAAAUAAAAACAUGAAAAUCUGAUGCUUCAAAAGACAUAUAAACUUAUUAGAAACUUUUGUAUUUCUAUUCUAUUUAUGUAGUUGCUUUUGCAGGACAUGAUAUUGUUAAUAUACACUUAAUAUUUUAAUCACCACAUAUUAGGUUAAUGAUCAAUUUUUUAGAAAUAUUUCCCUGACAAACGAUUAGAAAGCACCAGUAAAAUGUUUCUAAUUUAAUCUGAACUAUUUUAUUGCUAUGUUAAUGUAAAUAAGAUUUGCAAUACUCGCUGUAUGUUAAUACCGUUAGUAAAUAUGUUACAUAAAUAUGCUUUUAAUAUGCAAUGCCUAUUUGUGCAAUGUGUGCUUGUGUAUUCAAGUACUUUGUAUGUUUUGUUCUGGAAAUCGUGUUGUGAUUUUCGGCAGCAGUGCAAUGUACAUGGUGUGUGGUGAAAAUAAAACAAAACUUAGUCAUUUA